GUGAAGCAUCGAUGUUAGAACCUUAGAAAUGAUACUAAUGCUGCUUCAUAUGACACAGUGUCAAUUCCACCAUUGUGCUGUUCGUUCAGACCUCUUAACAGUUGGCACGUAAAUUCGAAAAGGGUCUAUUUUCCCUCAGUUGAAAGGAUCUUUUCAGCUACCUUAUAUCAACACAAUCACUUUAUAGUUGGACGACAUUCACAAACUGUUUGGCCCCUGGCUAGUUCUUACGUUUUUCUUCAGCUUUGAACUCUCGACCAAAAAUAAUAACCCAAGAGCUCCCAACUUUGCUAUGUGACUUGUUACCACUUGAGCGCAGUAAAGGCCUUACUUUUGCAGGUGUAAAGGGCAGUCGCAGCAGAACUAGUCCUUGUCAUUUGUGUGCCGUUUUAGUAUUUUAUGGUCAUGAACUAACUCGUCUGUACUGCCACUUUAGUUCAGCACACACACUGCAUCCAAUACUACCACUUUGUUGUAAUCAGGAGCUCGCAGUUGCUUACAAGAGACUGCUCUGGCUCUAUCUGUCGAACACUUGCGAUUUGCAUAUAUUCUUUCAUCAUUUGCAUCUUAGUAUUCCACUAUGGGCUUGAAAAGCUUUUGACAGUGUUAAACUAAUCAUUUCUCUACUAUGCACAUUUGGUCUCGCAAAUGCUGUGAAACCUUCACUUCAGUUAAAUGCAGGUGCUAUAUAGAUGGAGCCAGCAUGACAGCGUGUUGUCUCGUAAGGGAGCGCAAGGUCAGGCAAUACGCUUGGUCGCGUCCAAACGCAAGUGUGCAAACCAGCCAGCACAAACGGGCUUAAAAAUAGCACAUUUUGUUUCUCUUUUUUCCCAAAUUUUUGCGCCAGUUUCGGGUUUGAGUAUUCUUUUUGACGCGUCUCUCCCGGUUCGCCUUAAUGGCAUACCUUUUUCUCCAAACUUCUGUGCCUGUUUUAGACGGGGCAGAAAUGAAGCAAAUGCAAGAAACAAAAAUGAUGACAAUGGUUUCUCAGUUUAACUACAAUUAUAUCGCUUUCAGUGCUCCUUCUGAUGAACUUUUUUGUGACAGUUUUUAGUCGGAAGCUGUCCCAAUCUUGUGUCUUGCAACCAAUCUUGUUCGGGUCAGGUUCUUGCGUAAGCAUCGAUCACAUCUGCAAAUAACGAAAGAAAGGUUGUGUCUAAUUGCACUUGCACUGCCGCGUCAACACCCCAACCCAGGCCCAAGAAAGCGCAAGGAAAUGAAUCGCCCACGAGCGGCGGAUGAGCCAACCACCUUCUACCCAGCCGUGGAGUAUGGUCUAUACCGGGUGGGUCCUUCCCUUCACCGGUUCAUGACAAUCCUGGAAUGGCAGACGGGGCAGAAACGCAUGACCCUGUUUAUAUUUUCUCUGGGCCUGCUGUGUCUCUUCAUGUUGCUGAGUAAGAAUGCUCCUUUUGUCUGCAGCCUCACCUUCUUCGUGAUAGCAGCACACAUUUCAUUCCGCAACAUUGAAGUGACCACAAAGGAUGAAGAUGCCAGGUCUAUAGUUUUCUGGCUUAUCUUUGGACUGUUCAACCUGUUCGACUACUAUGCUGAUUUGAUCCGGGCACACAUUCCUUUUUUUUGGCUGUUCAAGGUGCUGUUCCUUACCUGGUGCCUACUGCCAACUCCAUCCAAUGGAGUCACAGUCAUCUACUUCCACUUGCUCCAGCCACUUUUUCUUGGUACAGAUGUCAAGAGCCAGGACGGCAGGACUAACAGGAACACCGAACAUGGUGACCUUACGGGCACAGAUUGCCGGUUCCCGCCUGCCACGGCGACCGUCCCGCCCUGGCAUUUGCCCAUUGGCCUCGGGUCUCCCCCUUCGGAACCCCAAAGUGGAGCGAACAAAAGCAUGUCGACUGCCGCCACGAUGCAGCCUGCAUGGCCCGCCGCCGGAACAGUGGGCCAGGCGCCAAUGCAGUCGAGCCAGGUUCCCAAGCUCAGCCCGGCUGCGAAACCAGAGCAAGGUGCAACUUUGCAGACUAACGAGCAGCGGGGAAAAGGCGCCAAGCCAACUGAGCCUGCAAAGGCUGUGGAGAAGUCCCUUCAGUUAUCUCGCAACUCAAAAGACUGGGUGUCGACAGACCAAACACAGAAGGACGGGGCCCCGAAGGAUCAGCGUCCCAAGGAGCGUAAAGAAACGCACGAGCAACAGUGGCAAACUCAUUUUCCUCCCAAGCCGGCGGAGGAAUUGCCUUUCAAAGAACCUCAGCAAACUUCCGGACUGGAUAGCGGGAGUGUACCACAUGAGAAACUGCGCAAGGUGCCUGCUCCCAGCAUGCAGUCUCAACCAAGUGCUCCCAAGGCCACUGGAAAGUCAUCUGCAUCAACGGCAAAGCAGCAAAAAACGGCUCGGCCAGAACCGAGAGACGGGGCACCCUUGCUGCCUGUAAAUCUGGAGAAGUCACCUUCCGGCGGCGCUUCUAAAAGUGAGCAGAAGCCGUUCCAGCCCCGACCGUCUAGCUCGAAAACCAAGUCUAAACCGGAUAGGCCAUUAUCGGACGACAUUUACGACAGCCACCUUACACCCCGCCGUAGCACGAGCAGGCUGGAGCUCACCGAUCAAGAAUCCUGGGACGAUGUGAACCUCUUCUCACGGAAAUCAAGCACCUCGGAAGGGAUUGUGGCCAAAACCAGCGCAGAAAGCGGCUCAUUCGUGCACGAAAAAAGGAACGGUGCUGGAGGCAGCCCUUUCGAUCCUCGACUCUACCCCAGGUCUCUAGCCACGGUACCCCUGGUGCAGCCCAUCAUCCAGCCAUUGUACAGCCUGUACGGUGGCUACAGCAGGUAUGGCAGCAUGGUGAGCUAUGGCUCCAGCUACGGUCCUGCCUAUGGUUCAGGUUACUCCUAUUCGCCGGAACGACAGCUUGUCUUCGGACCCAGCUACCCUAACUACACCGCUGGACCCUGGCACCCGGGGUUUGUCCCAAGAGCCCCGACGGGGCUUUACCAACCGGUGCCGCCUCUGUACGGAACCACUAGAAAACCCUCGCUGCAGUCAAGAAAUCUCAGCACGACUACGGCAAGGCAGCCUGCAAAGAAACCGGGUUCGACAGAUUGCGGACCGCAGAAGAAGACUGACAAGAAGCCUGAUCCUAAGGAGGCAAGUGUUCAGAGUUCCAAGUUGCCUCUGCUGAGCACCAAAGGUCAGAGGGGGGCCGUUGAGGGCAGUGCCAAGGAAAGUGGAAAAGACAGUGCUAAGGGUGCUGCGAAGGGAAUGACCAAAGACGCUGGGGAAAACAAAGAUGCUGGAAUGAGCAGGCGUCCUACCAAGGGAAAGGACAUUCCCGAGGAGGAGGGCACUUGUGGAGGCCAGAAUGUUGCCGGUAACAAGAACACUGCCAAAGACAAGGGUGCUGCUGAAGACAAAAAUGUUGGCAAGAACGACAAUGCUGUCAAGGAUAAUGAUGGUGGCAAGGGCAAGGACACUUGCAAGGGCAAGGAUGUCAGCAAAAAGAACAUUACUAAUGGCAGGGAAACUACUAGGGAAAAAACUUCUGUCAAGAAUGUGAAUCUUGCAAAUGACAGUGACAAGAAGCAAGGCAGAGAAGAGACAUCAAGUGACACUUAGGGCACUACCAAAGGCAAAGAAGGCAAGCUUACUGGGAAACAGCAGCCAUUUACUUGUUAUUAUAUUUUGGGCCACAAUAAUCAAUGCUCUUCUUGUUGCUUCA